CUGCUGCACCAACAAGCACAGAUCCAUACAUCAGCACGUCAUGAGAGGUUUGUCAGGCAACCUUAGCCGUGUGGGAUUGGUCCGGGCAUACUCCACCGCCAACCCCACCGUUUCAUCCACCUUAAUAUUGUCCAGAAACCCAGUUAUAACCGCGGAUGUUCCCAAGUUCGAGGCUCAAUACUACAAAUACCAAAACGAGUUAUGGAGAAGAUUGAUGUGGACUUUCCCCAAAUGGUUCUACUUCAGAGAAGGUACCUUGGCAGAGCAAAGAUUCAGACAAUUGAACAAAGAUCCUGUGGCUGACAAUCCCAACAUCGAAUUCCCAAGAGGAAGACCACAAAUAAGACACAAGAGAGACAGAAGAUUCAAACAAGAGCUCAAGUUACCAAAGACAUACAAGGAAGCGGACGAAUUGGAGCCAGCAGAGUUGGAACAAGCCCAGGACACCAUAACCGAGGACGACUUGGCCCGUAAGAUUGUGCCCAACUCCAGAACUACCAAGGCCGAUCAGGAAAACGACUUGACCAGCUUGGAAAGAAAAUUGAGCCGGACCUUGUACUUGACCAUCCAAAAUGGCUCCACUUGGAUUUUACCAAACUUCCCUGAACCUUCAUCUGAACAGGUUACUGCAUUACACACCUUGGCCGAAGAAGGUUUAUACAAGAUUGGUGGUGAAAAAAUCAACUACUUCAAUGUUUCCAACACUCCUUGCCAUGUAUAUAACAACUCCAAGGAUAACAAGAAGGAAUACUUCAUCAAGUCGCACAUUUUGUCGGGAGAUUUCCAGCCCCAAGACAAGUCCAUGAAAUUCUUAUGGUUGACCAAGGAAGAAUUGAAGACUCACUUGGACAAGGAAUACUACCAAGAUAUUGAGCAUUUGUUGAGUGAAAUAUAGACGUGUAUAUAGCAACAAACUAGCCAUGCUAGCGAGUGUACAAAGAACAUAGACAGUUGUAGACGGUCAACUCGAUUGGAGAUUGAGAAUAAGUGAUGAAAUUGACUUUGGGGGCUUCACUAAUUUUAGAGUAAGUUCAGUGGAGAGUUUAGUACUGAGAUAGAGCUUAUUUGAUAUUUGAACGGGAAGUAUAAGGCAAUACGCUCCGAUAGUUCACCAGGAGUAAAAUCAAUGAAGAGUUGGAUUGUUGAAAUAAUCUGUUAUGAAUAAUUACAGCUGAUAUUCAAACUUUUUGGGUGGACUUAAAUU